ACAUUAUUUAUGCAGUUAUUUAAUUGUUUAAUGCAAGAUAUCUGAUCUUGCCUGCGGAACAGGGAGUGUGUUUCCUUUAAUAAAAUACCGUGAGUCAUUAGCCUCUUACAGGAUAUCACGUGGUGCGUCUGAAUUCGGUUGCUGGACUCUCUCCGAAUAGUAGGUGUGCCUUUCUAGCUUUUCCCCAAAUAGUGUGCCUAAAUAGUGAUCUAGACAGAUUAGUGCUAAAAACUAAAGACUAUAAAAUAGUAAACAAAAAUCUGGGAUGCAACUAUAAGUGAUUCUGUCUCUUUUUCAUGGAUAAACUGUGUUAUUUCAUCUGGAUGAAGAUGACACAGUUAUUUAUUAUUAUUAUUAUUAUUUUUUAAAAUAAGAGGUAUACAGAAAAGAUCCCACACUAGCUGAAGAGAGUCAGUGUAAUGUUCCCGGAAUAAGUGUGUAGUGUGUGUGUAAUGCUCGGGUUCAGACCUAGCUACAACAGUUGGAGCUCUCACAGCAUUACGUCACCACUCUAAGGGGGCGUGGCUUUGCGCCAAAGCGUGUUUUCAGUCUUCCCCAUUCUUUAUCUCAGAGAAUAAACUAUGCCCGCUUAUGAACUUGAAGAACCAUGCGUUAUAUCGCUGUCAUCUUUUGCUGUCUGUGUGACUGGGGAAGCUUCACUGAGAUCCCUUCAAUGAGUCAUGUUGAGAGGUAUGAUGUAGUGAGACCGCAACGACUCAGUGAGCACCACAAGCAUGUCAGUAAACAGGCUUUGGAAUCCAACAAACAUGAAAAGUAUCCUGAGAAACUUCUAUAUCAGUUGUUCUUUAAUGGAAAUAAUCAUACAGUUCACUUGCAAAAGAACAGAUUUCUCAUUGGACCCAAUUACACUGAAAUACGUUAUGAAGCAGACGGUUCAACUGUGAUCACAUCUCCAAAGCUUGACCACCACUGUUAUUAUCAUGGCCAUAUUGAUGGAAUAGAGGAUUCAUCAGUGAGUGUUGGAGUCUGCUCUGGCAUGAGAGGUUUUAUAAGGGUUGAAAAGCAGAUGUACCUGAUCGAGCCCCUGAGUGACAACAAUGAGGGAGACCAUGCAUUCUAUAAGCAGGAAUACCUGAGGAAGAAGAGGAGUGCUUAUGGAGACUCCGCUAUCACAGUUUAUGAUAAGGAACCCAGAAAUUCAGCCCUCUUCAAACGCAGCAGCUGGAAGAUGAAGACUGUAUUUCAGACCCAGAGAUACGUGGAGCUGUUUCUUGUGGUUGACAAUAGUGAAUACAGAAGAUUCAAGUCAAAUGACGAGAUGGUACGGGCAAGGAUGUUGGAAGCCAUAAAUCAUGUUGAUAAGUUCUAUCGUCCACACGGUAUCCGUGUGCUGCUGGUGGGCUUGGAGGUGUGGAAUGUAGAAGAUCAGAUCAUGGUCAGUGUGAGUGAGAGUGACACUCUAACCAGAUUUAUUCAGUGGCGUCAGAAGGAACUGCUCAAAAGAGUCAAGCAUGACAAUGCACAAUUUGUAACUGGUGCCGAUUUUUUGGGUAGCACCGUAGGGUUGGCAAACAAAUUUGCAAUGUGCACUAAAGCCUCUGGAGGUGUUAAUCAGGAUCAUAGCACGAGUCCGCUGGGCUUGGCUGCAACCAUCGCACAUGAGAUGGGCCACAACAUGGGUAUGUCCCAUGAUGAACAGGGCUGCACUUGUGGCCUUUCAGACUGCAUUAUGACUGAAGUUGUAAACUCAGCUGCCUCAGUGUUCCCAGCGCUGUUCAGUGAUUGCAGUCUUGAUCAACUGAGUACAUUUCUGGAGAAUGCCAACCCCAGCUGCUUGCUGGACCACCCCAGCUCAGACAGAAUUUAUGGUGGACCCGUCUGUGGCAAUGCUUUCCUCGACUCUGGGGAGGAGUGUGACUGUGGGACAGUAGAAGAGUGCAACAACAGAUGUUGCAAUGCCCAAACCUGCAAAUUGACCGAAGGAUCUCAGUGUGCACAGGGCGAGUGCUGUGAAAACUGCCAGAUAAAACAGGCCGGCAGUCUGUGUCGGGCCUCUGCGAAUGAGUGUGAUCUGGCUGAGUACUGCACAGGAACGUCUGAACAGUGUCCAGAAGACAGCUUUAAAAUGAAUGGGAUACCUUGCCGUCAUGAAGAUAGUUACUGCUACAAUGGUCAAUGUCCAACUCAUCUCCAGCACUGCCAGAGACUGUGGGGAAAAGAUGCCAAAGUGGCUACACAUGGAUGCUUUUUAAGGAAUACGUUAGGGGAAAAUGAUUCCCACUGUGGAAGGAGCAAAGAUGGCUACAGAAGAUGUGCAGAAAAAGAUAUAUACUGUGGAACAAUAUUUUGCACCGGGGGAAAUAAGUAUCCCAUUACGGGUCUAAAAGCUCAGUUGUUGAGAAUAACCGGAGAGGUAUGCAACAUAGUCGGGGAGAGAUCUGAGGAAGAGAACCUAAGCAUGGUACCUACAGGAACAAAAUGUGGCCAGAACAAAGUCUGCUUUCACAACACGUGCCAGGAUGUGAAAGUGUACGGUGGGAGUGAAGACUGCUCAGGGAAAUGUAGCGGACAUGGGGUUUGUGAUCAUCGAAACCGUUGUCACUGUGAGCCGGGAUGGGCUCCACCAUACUGCGAUGUCAAACAUGCAGACCUGCCUUCUGCAAAAAAUACGACGAUCAUCGGCAUCUUGGUUGCAGCUGGAGUCCUACUACUAUUGGCAGCAGGAUUUGGAAGUUGGAUUUAUUGUAAAAAGAGAAAGGGCACUGGAUCGAGGCGUCGAACAAAAGCUGACCCAGAGCAGUCGAAUGCUCUUUUUGAGAACCCCGGAGCAAAACGAGCGCUUUUAAAGGAUCGUCUCGAGAUCAGCGAGCCUGCUUUUAUAAGUUCGACCGCGACCCGACCUGGCGCCUCGUACACAGUCAUGCCGACACGGACAGCUCCGCGACCUCCUCUUAAAAUGUCGGACCCACAGCCACCUCAGACAGCUCCACCCAUUCCAGAGGUACGAAUGAAGCCUCUGCCUCCUUCUAAGCCUCCAUGUCCUGCUGAUGCCAAACCGGUGAGCAGACCGGCUCGUCCUCCUGUGGUUGUAGUAAAGCCGACUGUAGGCACUGGAUCCUGGAAAAAGCAAGAGACUGAAAGAGAGGAACUGAAAACGGCACAGAGGCCUCUGACUAUUCCAAGGAGAUGACUAUGAAAGGAAUCAUCAUGUAAUGUAGAUCGAUAAUGAAUUUUCGGUCCGUUGGGUGUAUGCGUGAGUCAUAACACAUCUGCGGAGUGGUGACACAUCAGACCUGCGUCUCUGUGCAGUCGUGUCCUUUUUUUGUGCUUGUCCUCCAAUGCAGAGAGGAACAUUACUCUGAAUUAUGCUUGACUGAAGGUAUUAUUAAAAUUCCAUCCUCUAUAUUGUAAUGGAAUUAUUGCCUUUACAGCAUGGGUACCACUUUAAAGACCAAACCUGUACUUUUGUUUUUAAGUCUUCAGACACAGGAGAUUCAAACAUAUUUAUAUAUUUAUAUACUACACUGAAUAACUUAGUACAAUUCCAGUCAGAACACUGGACAUAUAUUAUCUUAGACAUAGUUAUAGUUAAAGUCUUAAUUAUAAUUUGGGUUAUUUAUUAUUUUUGAUCAUUUCACUCUUAGAGUAAAAAUAAACUGCCCUUCUGUGAGUAUUGUGUCUAAUUUUUUAAAAUUUUAUUUUAUUGGUACAUAUUGGUACUUUUUAAUAUUCUUUAUACAUUAAAAUGACAUGGUUGAAGAAGUUGUUCCUAAUUUGACUCGUGACUCAUUUUAUGUGUUCGCUGUCUGAAGGGAAACGUGGUGAUUUUUAAUGUGCAACACCAACGGGAAAUCUGUGUCUGCUUUAUAUCUACAGUAAAGAAAGACAGUCUGUCAAGUCAAGUCCAGUUUUCAGAUGGCUCCUGCUGUAGGUCACACAUAAAUAUAGUCCCUCUCGCACUAUAAUUACAAGAUACCUGUUUGUAAUGUCACCAGCAAUGUCUGAGUUUAAACUAAGAAAUGUUUCUGACAACUGUGAUCUGUAGUACUUCAUUAAUACUUAAUAUUUAAUACAAUAUAACGCUGGAAUCUCACUUUUCUGGGUGGAUUAUUAUGAGGUGGCCAUAAUAGGAAAAGGUCAAUUAAGAUUAAGGUUUUAUUGUUUUACCUUUCUUAUAUUGCUGCCUUACUUCACAUACCCAUC